GUGAACGCGACAAAAAGACCGACCAAUCGUGGCGUUUCAACCCUUAAUCUACGACCAAUGGCACCGGACCGACCUCGGUCGGAGCACCACUGAUCUGCGGCCUUUUAACCCUCUAGUUCCCUGGGCGGAGAUUGUAUACAGGGUGUCGGACAAAGCGCGAGCGAGCCCCGAAGGCGGUUUCAAUUCUGAUUUCGUCUGUGCUAAGGGUGGUCGUGUACGCGUAAUUGAUUGUUGCGGAUGUGAUUUUGUGAUUAUAAUCGGAUUGAAGAUGGAUGAGGCCGGAAACAAAACUGAAAGUUUAUGCCGCGUUUGUGGAGAUAAGGCGUCAGGAAAACAUUACGGAGUUGCCAGCUGCGACGGUUGUAGGGGAUUUUUCAAAAGGAGUAUUAGAAGGAACUUGGAAUACGUCUGCAAAGAAAACGGCCGAUGCAUAGUGGACGUUACGAGACGAAAUCAGUGCCAGGCUUGCCGAUUCAAAAAGUGUCUACAAGUUAACAUGAAAAGAGACGCUGUGCAACACGAAAGGGCACCUAGAACAUCUCACGCAUCGAUUCACCAUUACCAAAUGAGUUUGGGCAGCAGGUUUCGAACUCUUCAAACUUCUCCAGUUUUCCCCGGACUUCCAUUGCAUUAUGCCCCCACCUCGUCACUGUUAGACCACAGCGCCACUUUAUCCGGAAGCUAUUUAUCUCACGGGUUACUCUAUCCCGGCGUAUUAGGCGGUUUCGCUAGGCCGGUUCAUCACGGUUUAAGCAUUCCGCCUUGUAUACCAUCGCCAUAUGUCAUCAAAUACCAGCAGAAUAUUAAAGAAACUAUAUCGAGCGGCGGUGAUAUACUUAAGGACGAUGAGGUGUCCAGUUCGGAGGAAGUUAAUCAAAACAGAUCCGUUGCUGGUGGAAAUUCGUCUGCAGAGGGGUUGUUUAACUCCAGAUUGAAAUUGCCAAUUUUGACGGAUAUGGAACCAAAGCCGCAAAGUGCGGUAGAUAUAGAGACCGCACCUUUGUCGGUCUUUGCCGAACCUGUGUAUGAGUCAGCAGCUAAGUUACUGUUUUUAGCUAUAAAGUGGGCUAGGACAAUACCAUCCUUUUUACAGCUAUCGUAUAAAGAUCAAACCAUAUUACUCGAAGAAAGUUGGAACGACUUAUUCGUUUUGACCGCAGCGCAAUGGGCACUGCCUGUCGAUGAAAACGUAUUGCUUAGCAAUGUUCCGCCAUCAAGACAGUCCGCUUUGGAACAAGAUGCCAGAAAAUUGCGAGAGGUCAUAUCAAGGCUGACUAUGCUAAGAGUUGAUCAUACUGAACAUGCGUAUUUAAAAGCUCUAGUCCUUUUUAAAGCUGAAUCUCGAGGUCUUUGUGAACCAGCCCACGUGGAACUGCUGCAAGAUCAAACUCACGUGAUGCUCCACGAAUACUGCACGCAACGUCAAAAUAAUCACAAGAGCCGCUUCGGUCGACUUCUUCUGAUGCUACCCGGCGUUCAGUCCGUUUCCAAGCGCGGUCUGGAGGAAUUGCUUUUCAAGCAAACGGUCGGCGACGUGUCAAUUGACAAGUUACUCGGAGAUUUAGCUAAAUCCUCUUAUCUUUGAAGUUAAUUCGUCGAAGCGGUUUUAAUUGUCUAUUCGAAUAAAUAAUAUCUGUGAUUUUUAUAUUGAUGUAUGCGUUUCUAGUCACUUUUAUGAUUCCUAAAUGAUAUAUUCUGUGAUAUAAGUAUCACCACACCACAGUUGGAAAAUUUGUGAACUAUAAUGUUCAAUAUACAAGGUAGUUCUAUGUACGUGACGAAAUGCUUGGUUUUCUAGGUACAGAUGGUCAAAUUUAGAGAAAUAAUUUUGCAAACAAGUAAAUUUUUUUUUGUCUCUUGGAUUUUUUACUUUAUGUUGGACAAAACCCCUUUCUAAAAUCAUAAGCCUGCGAGAUACAAAAAAGAAACACUGGCGCCCAUUUUUUGAUAAAAAAAAUAAAAUAAUUUUUACCUAAUUUUGCCCCCGUCUACGCAUCUUGAAAACUGUGCAUUUCCAUCUUAAAAUCAUGCACGUACUCCUUUAUCAUCCUGUAUAACUGUGUUACGUAAUAUCUUCUAUUAAAAACAAUAAUGUAAACGUGCAAUUGUAAUUUUUCAUAAUAUUUGUUAAUUGAACUGUUUCCGAAAAUGCGAGAAUAAAAAGUGUAUUAUUG